AUAUCACAUGUGCAUUCGUGUAUUUAUGCAGUGCAGGAUAAGCAUUUUGUGCUUUCUGCCAUGAAAUUAAUACUUAGUGAUGUUUUUUCCAUCCCCAUGUCUUAUUUUUUAUUUCUUAAGAUUUAUUGAUUUUAAAUGUGUGUAUAACUUGACUCCUCUUACCCAGUCACUCUCAUGUUCUUUCUUCCUCUGUAGGACAUUAAUAAGCGUCUAUCGCUAUUUGGAAAAAUUUGCUAUGAACAGUCCUCCCUUCGAUAAACCCUUGAGUCGGAGGCUACGGCGAGCUUCACUGGGAACCUACGCAACAGUGUAUAAGGGGCGCAGUAAGCUGACUGAUAAUCUGGUGGCUCUGAAGGAGAUUCGGCUGGAGCAUGAAGAGGGUGCACCAUGCACUGCUAUUCGUGAAGUAUCCCUCUUGAAGGAUUUAAAACAUGCGAAUAUUGUCACUCUUCAUGACAUCAUCCACACGGACAAGUGCCUAACACUGGUCUUUGAGUACCUGGAGAGGGAUCUAAAGCAGUACAUGGAUGACUGCGGGAGCAUCAUGUGUGUUCAUAAUGUCAAAAUCUUCCUCUUUCAGCUGUUGCGAGGACUAGCAUAUUGCCAUCGCCGCAAGGUUCUACACAGAGACUUGAAACCCCAGAAUCUGCUCAUUAAUGACAGGGGAGAGCUCAAACUCGCCGAUUUCGGUUUGGCUCGAGCCAAGUCUGCACCUACUAAGACAUAUUCUAAUGAGGUGGUCACACUCUGGUACAGACCGCCAGACGUGUUACUAGGAUCAACAGAGUACUCCACUCCUAUUGACAUGUGGGGGGUUGGCUGUAUAUUUUAUGAGAUGAUAACAGGACGGCCUCUGUUCCCUGGAUCUACAGUAGAGGAUGAACUUCAUCUCAUAUUUCGCAUCCUCGGCACUCCUACUGAGGAGUCCUGGCCAGGGGUCAGUACCAGUGAAGAGUUCAGAAACUAUAACUUCCCUCGAUAUCGCCCCGAACCUCUUGUCAAUCAUGCUCCCAGGAUAGACAGUGAUGGUGAUGACUUAAUUAUGAAGUUGUUACAGUUUGCGGCAAGGCAGCGUAUCUCAGCAGAAGAAGCUCUCGGGCAUCCCUACUUCAAGAGUUUGGGGGAGCAAGUGCAGCAACUUUCUGACACGGCCUCCAUCUUCUCAGUGAAGGAGAUCCAACUUCAGAAGGACCCAGGAAAACGUACAGUAACAUACUCAGAGUCAGGUGAGUCAGGCCGGUAGCUUGCAAAGAUAAACCCCACCCUUGCUGUACCACUUGACACGGACUGCUUAACAUGGAAGUGACUUGGUACUGUGUGUGCCACUGCUAUGACUGCAACAGAUGCAGCAGUAUUGCUGAAGGUUUUUAAAGACCCCAUGUUACUGCAGGGCUCAAACAGUCCACCCAUCAAGCAUAUCCAGCCACCAGCAGUCAGAAACCGACCCUGACACAUGAACAACUGGCACAACUGUGCAUGGAAAACAAUGAGCCUUACUUUAACUGUACUUAUACGAAGUAGAUGUGUAUAAUAAAUUUGCCAGUAUUUGUAAACAGGCCACACAUACACUACCAUGUCACAUUAGCCAAGUAAUAUCUGUCCUGCAGUGGACUUAUGGUUGUCCCGUUCCGUUCAAGUACAUGACAAGCUGUGCACAACAGUCAGAGGCUUUAAUCUUAUAAAGUGACAUAUAUAAUAGGUGAAUCAAAUAUAAUAGUCAGUCAGAGUAACUAAGAGGUAGGACCUAAUAAACUGGCAAGUGUGUGUACGUGUGUAUGCAUCCUGCCUAUUUACUUGUGAACUGUGCUUGUAUAUGCAACUAAAUGGACAGUUAAACCAUAUGAAUUAAAUUACAAUUAAUUGUACAGCUCUAUUUGCUGCAUUCAUACUGGCUUUUAUGCAGACAAUAACUUCCUCUAUGUCAGCGGAUGUAAUGUCAUUAUUAGUUUUGAGGAAAUUUAGGUGAUCUAAGUCUGUACGUAGUUCAAUGGAAAUUGAGCAUAUAAAUCAGUUCGACUGUGUUGUUCCAUAAGGGUGUGUUAAAAACAGCUGGAUUGUGGUGUAGUCUUAAAAAAUGUUGGAUGAAGUGUCUGCACAACUUGAUUUCAAUAGACAUGCUUUUCUGACAAAACGAGUACAUCUGUCGUCUUCUGUGAAAGACCCUGUCUCAAUGUUUUCCUGUCUUUCUGUCUGUCUCUCUCACUUUUGUAUUUACUAUUUGGCUUUAUCUUUUCCCACUAUCCAUUCUGCUUUUUCCAAAACCAUGCCCCCUUUAAGCAAUGCCCCAUAAGAUGGCUCCAAUGCGUUUGGAAUAUUUCCAGAGAGAAGGAGCAAAGUUGAAUCCAGCCCCCUCUUCCCCCUCUACUGGCUGACUCAUUAUACCACUCUGGUAACUAAACACUCUCUUUUCCUCCUGUCUACCACAUCCCAGUGUUUUGUCUUUGUUCCUUGUAAUUGUAAAUGACAAAACCCCCUAAUUGUCCUGUUUGCUCUUUCCGUACCUUGCUAACACUCGUCAGUCUGUCCUUUUUCUUUUUCCACAUCUAAAGAUUCAGACAGUUAAGAAAAUAUUCUCUUUCAGGUGUUCAUAAACACACUUUCUUUUGUAAAAAGUCAGAGACAGUAUGAGCACAGCAUGCCAACAUAUCUCUUGUUCAUUUUUGUGCAGAUAAUUAUGUAUGGCUAGAAUUUUGUGCUUUUGGUAUUAUUAACAAAAAUUCAUAUGUAUACUUAAAUCUAGCCUUAUGUUUCACAAUUAAAACAAUUCCUUCUCCUACACACAA